GACAAAGAUGCUCCAUGGAAAUGGCGAAGGCAAUAAUUUUGAUUUUAUCUGUGAUCGUUUUCACGGCACAAAGUGCGGUAUUCAUGAAUGAGGAUAUCGUACAUACACGGGAAGCAAGGUCACCAUGUUAUUCUUGUGAUCAUAACUAUGGGCCACCACCACCACCGCCUAUUUUCAGGACUCAUAAUUGGAGUGGCUACGCCCGAAGUGCUGACGGCUCUCAGCAAGGAGUAUUUAGUGGAGCUGCUGCUGCAAUGGGGAACGGCAACGAAGCAUCUGGUCAAGCGUUCUCGUUAGCUGCCUCUGACGCUGGCUCAACAAACAAUGCACAGGACGAUCAAUCAGCUAAGUUCGUCGAUAAAUAUUCUCAUGGAGCAUAUGGCGGCAACUUACAAAAUACUCAAUCGAAUUUGGAGGGAUUUAAUUCUGCUUCUACGAGGCAGAACACAGGCUUUGAAACUGGACAAAGCAAUGUGGGCACUGGUUUUGAGUAUGGACAAAGUGAAUCUGGGCAACAUACUGUAAAAUUGGUAAAUGAGGGCAAUUCUAAACCUGGUGCAGGAAGCAGCGCAAACGCACAAGCCGGGGGACAAGAACAGUAUCGAGAUUAUGGUUCAAAAUCAUUCUUUGCAAACCAAGGUGCAGCUGGAGUUCAAGGACAGUAUCAAGGUUCUGGACAUAAGGAAACCUCUGCCUAUCACGAUCAACCUGGACCACAGAGUUCUGAACAGUUUCAGGGUUUUCGUCAGAAAGAAGUCUCUGUAAAUCGUGGUGAUAUUGCAGAUCUACAACAGCAGCAUAAUAGUGCUAAUACAAAUUCAUUCGCUGCUAAUCGCGGAGAAGUAGGGCAGGAGCAGAAUAAAGAAUUGGGACGGAAACAAUUCUCAGCGUAUAACAGUAAUGAAGCAGGACCAGGAGGUAAUCAAAACUUUGGUCCACAAAAAUCGAAUUCUUAUUACGGAGGUGCUAGAGGCCAUGGACAGGCCGUGGAUUCAGCUCAACAAGAAAUAUCUUCGUAUCGCGGUAAUACUGGAGGGUAUGGUCAGGUUCACGCUUCUAGUUCACAAGCAACCUCUGAAUAUAAUGCUGGACAAGGCCAACAAUUUCAACCAAAUUAUGCACAUGGCGAAUAUCGGAAAGGAAGCGGUUCUGGAAGAUACGGUGCUUUUGAGCAUGGUAAAGAUCAGUCUGUUUUGGGUGGCGCACUUGAUCUGGCAUCACAGGGUUUGAAGGCUGCAGAAGGAACACAAGAUAGCUGCAGCACUUGUGGAAAGAACAGCUACGCUAUCAGCAACGCUAGAAGUCACAGUGGAUCAGCUGUUGCCCUUUCUGUUGGAGGAUAAAGCAUAUUUGUAUCAAAGUACA